GUCCUGAUGGGAAUCCUGUCACUUGUAGAUUUGUAACUAUAACGUAAGCUGACUCUGUAACUUAAACACACUCAAGUUGCACUAAGAUACUUAAAAUCUCCCUGAUUAGCUCCAGAGUCCUCCACCUUUGUCAUAUAGUCCUCAUGAGACUCAGUGUUUUAAGGACACAGUUGACUUAACACCUCAGUGACCUAGAACCUUUGUACCCAACCCAGAACUAAUAAGGCUGUGUACGUCAAGCUUUCAGGACUUACAUAUAAUCACAGAGUAUCUGUUUGAAUUAUUUUCCGACAGACUAAAGCCACGUUAUUCAACUUUAACAAGGUGUGGCAACCUUGUGAUUAAUUAUAAUAAUGAUAAAACAUACAUUUUAUAUAGUAACUUUAACAGAAAUAAAAUCUAUAGGCUAAAGAAAAGAGAGUACAAUGAAUAAAUUAACCAUUUGACAAAGACACAAAGUUGAUGAUUAAUGUAGUGAAGUGAAUUUGUUUAAAAUCAGCCGAGAGAAGAACAACUGGACUUUCCGACCUAUUGAUUACGUUGACCUACGGGUGACUGGACUUCAUGCAUUACAAGGACUAACAAUUCAAAAGUCUUUGAGGUCCAACAACCAAAACGAUGGAAACAGAUUGUCUUCAGUCUGAGUUGGACUCAGUAAAAGUGGCAGAACCUCAGGAAAUUCAAACAUACCGCAGAUGUAAUAUUGUGGCGUUCCUGAAGAGAAACACUUUUGUUAUCCUCACAGUUACAGCUGUUCUAUCAGGAAUUGGUCUGGGCUUUGCUCUACGACCCAUUAACAUGUCAGACAGGGAUGUAAGAUACUUAAUGUUUCCCGGAGAGAUGCUGCUGAGAAUCCUGCAGAUGCUGAUUCUUCCUCUCAUCGUUUCAAGUCUGAUUUCAGGCACAUCGUCUGUGGACAGGAAAGCUUAUGGGAGAAUUGGACUGAGGGCGGUUUGCUACUACCUGCUCACCACACUUAUUGCUACAGUCACUGGUAUUGUUUUAGCUGUCAUCAUCCAGCCAGGGAACUGGUCCAGGAACACCUCGGCCUCCUCUGGUGGUAGAACGGAGGCUGUGCAGAAUGUGGACGCUGUUCUGGAUCUAAUCAGAAACAUGAUCCCCUCCAAUCUGGUUGAAGCUUGUUUCAGAAAGUUUAAAACAGUUUAUUCCAGAAGUGUUUCUACAGGAAUUAAUAUCACUGAGGCCGGUGAAAACAACAACACUGUACCAGUGCCGGGCUCUUCAGAUGGUAUGAAUAUGUUGGGGCUGUUGGUCUUCUCUGUGGCCUUCGGCCUCAUUCUGGGCAGCAUGGGGUCUCAGGGAAAACCUCUGAGGGAUUUCUUUGACUGCCUCAAUCAAGCUAUUAUGCAUCUGGUCAACAUAUUCAUCUGGUACUCCCCUGUGGGAAUUUUCUUCCUGAUGGCAGGGCAGGUUGUGAAGAUGACAGAUAUGGGAGCGAUGGGCCAGGAAGUAGGGAUGUAUACUCUCACUGUGAUUGCUGGCCUGCUAAUUCACAGUUUCCUCACUCUGCCCCUCAUCUACCUUUCUAUCACACGGAAGAAUCCCUUCAGAUUCAUGAGUGGUGUUCUGCAGGCUCUCACCACCGCCUUUGGGACGUCAUCAAGCUCUGCAACUUUACCUGUAACUCUUCACUGCAUGGAGGUCAAUCACAGCAUGGAUGAACGGGUGACCCGCUUCAUGCUUCCUACUGGCGCCACAAUGAACAUGGACGGUGCGGCCCUCUAUGAAGCAGUGGCAGCUUUAUUCAUAGCCCAGCUACAUAAUAUGAAUUUUGACUUCGGUCAAAUCAUCGUCCUCAGUUUGAUUGUUAUAGUUGCGAGCACUGGUGCGGCAGGCAUCCCACAGGCCGGAAUGGUAACCAUGAUGAUAGUGUUGUCAUCCGCUGGACUGCCCACUGAAAAUAUCUCACUGCUUAUCAUGGUUGAUUGGAUUCUUGAUCGUUUGAGGACAACCACCAACGUACUGGGAGACUGUAUUGGUGUCGGUGUGGUUCAGCAUCUGUCCAGACGUGAGCUGCAGAGCCCCGGGCCUGCAGGAGAAAGUUUAAUGGAAGAAAACCUCCAUCUAUGAGUUUCAUGAUACUUGACAGCAUCAUUUUCUGUAAGCUCAUGAUUCGUGAUAGCAGAAUUAUCAAAUCAAACCAAACUUUCUGUGACAAAUAUAUUUGACAUGUGUUCAUUUGACAUGCCUUGGCUUCACUUUUUAGCAGUUUGCAGUCUGUUGGCCAUGAUUAUCUACAGUCUGUAGUGUAACGUAGCACAUAACCCACUGUAGUGGUCAGGGUUCUACACAGGGAACACUCUGCCAACACUCAGCCUAUAUGAAUACAACAUAUUGUAUUCAUAUAGGCCUUUAUUGAACUGUUUAAUAUUUUAUGGUGCUACAUUUUAUGGAAUCAAACACAGCACAAUGCUUCACUGCAAUUGAAAUUAUCAUGGUGUGUGUUUACUCUGCAAAAAGAUUCUUGUUUAUUGAAUAAAAACUGAACAUCAGAAGAUCCUUUCACCUAC